AUGAUGGACGAAAACAAAAAUGCAUUCACUGAAAGUAUUUGUGAAGAUAAAAAUAUAGAAUAUAAGAAAAAGAACGGCUUAUUAAAUGGCAAGAAUUUCUACAUAAUACAAGAAAUACCUUUUAUUGAUUCCUAUAAUUAUAAAUAUGAACAAAUAGAAAAUUUAAAUAAGUCAAACAAACCAUAUUAUUUAGAUGGUGAUACAUCAUCGUCAUACGAAGUUAAUGAUGAAAAUAUAAGUAGUAAGAAUGAAAUCAAAUCCAAUAAAAGUUAUAAGAAUGAAAAUGAUGAAGAUGAAUCUGAUACAGAUAAAAGUCAAGAACAUAUAAAUAUAUAUCAAAACAAAUACAAUGAUGAAAAAAAAAAAAAAAAAAAAAAUGAAUUUUUAAAACAAUGUGAAUUUAAUAGAGAUGGAAGUUGUUAUUACACUAUUUCCAAUAAUAAUUAUCUAAGAUUAUUUGCUACCGAUUUAACUUUGUUACAUUUUUUAGAAAAAAAUGAAAACAUUUAUGAAAAUUUAAAUAUAUUAUUUGAAAAAUAUAAUAAUAUGACUGAUUUAGAAAAAACAAAAAGAAAUAGUAGUUGGAUAAGUAUGAAAUUAAGUGAACAUAUUUAUGAUUGUAAAUUUUAUCCAUAUUUUGAAUGGAAUGAUUAUAAUACAUGUUUUUUUUCUGUGUGUUCAAAAAACAAACCUAUAUAUUUAUAUAGCGCUUUUGAUUGUUCAACGCUAUUAUCUUUUAAGACUUUAAACGAAUGUUGUGAAAUAUGCAAUUGUUAUUCUCUGUGUUUUCAUCCGGAAAAAAAUUGGUUAUUGUGUGGAACUAAUAAAUCAAUAAAAGUUUUUGAUUUUAAUAAACCAAAUGAAACAUUAGAAAAUAGAAUUUUAAGUACAAGAAAAGGAAAAGGUCAAAAAGGAAUUAUAUCAGUCAUUGAAUAUAAAAAAGAAGGUUACGGAAAAAAUUGCAUAUAUGCUGUUGGAGAUUAUAACGAUUGCUUAUAUUUGUAUGCUGAUAAUUGUGAUCACAAAAAUGAUUAUAUUUUGAAAUUUCAAAAUAAGAAAAAUUCUAAUGGAAUUACACACAUUAAAUGGUUUAAUGAAUUCUUUAUUUUAAGUGGUAGUAGAAAUAGCCCAUUUAUAUACCUCUUUGAUAUGAGAAAUAAUAAAAAUUAUAUACAAAAAUUUGAAAGACAUGCAUUAACAAAUCAGAAAUAUAUAUUUGAUAUAUAUAAAGAUUAUUUAAUAUGUGGUGAUACAUUUGGUUAUAUAAAUGUGUAUGAUAUCAUAAAUAAUAAAUUAAUCCAUAAACAAUUAAUUAACAAAUAUUCACCAAUCACAUCAGUAAAUAAGCAUCCAAUUUAUCCUUUAUUGCUAACAGGAUCAGGAACGAGAAGAUAUUAUGAAAAUAAUAAUAAUGAAGUUGAUAUAAUCACCAAUUUACUUUAUAAUCAAAAGAAUUUUCAUGAGGAUUCUUAUAAGAAAUCUCUAGGAGAAAAUGAUCCACAUUUUCCAUCUACUUCUAAUUAUAUAAAUAGCGUUUGUACUAUUUUUGCUGAUUUUGUAACCGAAGAAUUGACUUCAUAA